AUGAAGUCGGUGCUGUUCAGCCGCUUUUUCAUCCUCCUGCCCUGGAUCCUGAUCGUCAUCAUCAUGCUCGACGUGGAUACGCGCAGGCCCGCGCCGCCGCUCACCCCCCGUCCGCACUUCUCUCCCUACGCCGCCGCGGGCCGUGGGGCCGCCCGCGUCCCGCUUCCCCGCAGGGUCAGCCCGGGGCGCCACGCCGAACAGCGCAAUGAGUCUCGGCCGCGGGCGGAGCCGGAGCCGCCGCUGCCCACCAUCUAUGCCAUCACGCCCACCUACAGCCGCCCGGUGCAGAAAGCGGAGCUCACCCGCCUGGCCAACACGUUCCGCCAGGUGGCGCGGCUGCACUGGAUCCUGGUGGAGGACGCGGCGGCGCGCAGCGAGCUGGUGAGCCGCUUCCUGGCGCGGGCCGGGCUGCCCAGCACGCACCUGCACGUGCCCACGCCGCGGCGCUACAAGCGGCCGGGGCUGCCGCGCGCCACCGAGCAGCGCAACGCGGGCCUCGCCUGGCUGCGCCAGACGCACCAGCAGCAGCGCUCUCAGCCUGGCGUGCUCUUCUUCGCCGACGACGACAACACCUACAGUCUGGAGCUCUUCCAGGAGAUGCGAACCACACGAAAGGUGUCAGUGUGGCCAGUGGGCCUGGUUGGUGGGCGACGCUACGAACGGCCCUUGGUGGAAAAUGGCAAGGUGGUUGGCUGGUACACUGGCUGGAGAGCGGACAGACCUUUUGCUAUCGACAUGGCAGGAUUUGCUGUAAGUCUUCAAGUCAUCUUAUCCAAUCCAAAAGCUGUAUUUACGCGUCGUGGAUCCCAGCCAGGGAUGCAAGAAUCUGACUUCCUAAAACAGAUCACAACAGUUGAAGAACUGGAACCCAAAGCAAGUAACUGCACCAAGGUUCUUGUGUGGCAUACUCGGACAGAGAAGGUUAAUCUAGCCAAUGAGCCAAAGUACCUCGUGGACACAGUGAAAAUUGAGGUAUAAAUGGAAACACCAGAUGGUGCAGUUUGCCCAGUCAAGGGGUGUGGAAGAGGAUAUUUGGAGUUCAGGCUGCAGAUCAUUCAGGUAUUGUUUCUUUUACUUCAUUCAAUACAACAACUUUUACUGUCACCUGAUGGGACUUCUAUUUUAAC